AUGUGGAAGAGUGUAUACAUAUUUGAAAGCCAAAGACAACCACGUAAAGAGAGAACAUAUCCAAAUUUCCAACCACCAGAAGAAGCAUUAGAAAAGGACAUGCAUUCUGAUCUAAAAGAGCCAGUUUCUGUAAGUGAUGAUCGAUACAACUAUGCUACGCUACGUCUCAGUAUGCGAUUGUUUUUGAGAAACUUCGAUGACUCAGUUAAAGAGGGUGAUGGCGAGCGUACAAUAAGAUGUUGGAAAUUUGCCAUGUUGCUAUUCAGGUUACAUGGUCACAACAAAUAUGCGCUUGCCGCAUUGCAGUUGCAGGCAUGGUUACAAGCUAUGCUAAAUCCCAAACUUUCCCAUAGUUUAAUGUGGAAUCGUUAUGUUAAUAACAAAGGAGGCCCAGGCAAAAACAUUGCCUUAGCCUUGAGGCUAGAACACCUUACCAACUUGUUAAAGGGACUUCUAAAACACCUGGGGCCAAACGUAACAGAAAGUGCAGCACAAAGGUGCAGUCAAUCUAUACAUAAUGUGGAAAAGUUGCUGGAAUCAGUUGAUUCAGAUUUAAAUGUUAAAAGGUCGUCAUGUCAUCACAAGGUGAAAAAAUCACAUGAUGAUUUGGUAUCGAUAGUUAAAGAACUAUGA